AUGGCAACGAGUCGUUAUGAGCAGGAUCGUCAAGGUGGCAAAAGAAGGUACGUACGAUGCAGGGAGGCCUCAAUAAUCUCUCAUCUUAUGUUUACAGAUGAUUGUAUUCUUUUCAUGCGAGCUAAACCCGAAGAGGCAAGUUGUAUUUCUUCAGUGCUACAACGGUAUCAGCAAUUUUCUGGGCAAAAGUUGGGUCUUCCUGAUGUUGUGGGGAGGUCUAAAAAGGCAGUCUUUUCAAUUCUUAAGGAAAGGAUGUGGAAAAGGUUACAGGGUUGGAAGUGUAAAUUUCUAUCACAUGCAGAUAAAGAUCUUUUUAAGACUAUAGCCAAGGCUAUACCAACUUAUGUGAUGCAGUGUUUUCGGUUACCUAUAGGCUUAUCUGAGGAGUUAAAAUCAAUUAUUAGCCAAUUUUGGUGGGUCAAAGAAUUUGAAAAGGAGAAUGCAUCUUUGCAAGUGGGAUAA